CACACGUACUGUACGUCAUACCUGAGGUAUUCAGUCUGCUAUUUGUUUUCACCUUACACUACCUGUAUAUAGAAGGCAAGGGUUUACGGUAACAACAUAACCAGUGAUAUAUUCCGUGACAAUCUGAUUUCUCGCAGGUAGAGCUCCCAUGUCGGUCGAUUCUUGAUUCCAAACCAGCGUCAGUCGUCUAUCAACAUAACUCUUAUCUUGUUCAGAAGAACUGUUUAGAACGCAAUAAUGGGAGUGGAAGGCCUUGCCAAAUGUAUGAAGUUCGUCCUCAUCAUCUUCAAUGCUAUUUUUGUGAUCCUGGGCGCGGGUGUGCCUUGGGUGGGAAUCUGGAUCCUGCUGGACAAGGAAAAGCUGAUGGAGCUGGCAGGAUCAACUCUGACUCUUACGGACGUGCCGUCAUUACUGCAGCAGGGAGCGUACAUCUUGCUGGGGGGAGGAGGGUUCAUGUUUCUGAUUGGCAUUUUUGGCUGUGUGGGGGCCUGUCGGGAGAGCAGGGUCAUGCUCACAAUGUAUGGGAUACUCGUUCUGAUAGUGUUCACGCUGGAGCUAGUGGCCGGCAUUCUCGCAGCCGUAUACCGUGGAAAGAUCGAAUCGGAACUUAAGUUUACCUGAAAAACGCCAUUAACACCCAGUACCACGGCACGUGGUCUACGACAUCUGCGUUUUCACUCGCCUUGGAUUUCGUUCAACUCCAGUACGACUGUUGUGGUAUCGACGAUCAUCAGGAUUUCAACUCGUCCACGAGCUGGGCCAAGGGCUCUUACGAAUUGCCCUUCACGUGCUGUCAGUUCUCCGAUAAGAGCGCUUAUCCGGACAAGCCUGAGGAUCUCCGCCCUAAGGAUCCCAACUGCCCAACCAGUGUCUCCAGCUCAAAUGCCUGGCUGAAUAAAGGAUGUUACACCACAGUUCGGGAUUUACUAGAGGACAAUGCUAAAAUACUGAUCG